AUGAAGCUGAGAGACGCCCCAGAACGAGGCGAGACUAUGAAGACAGAAGAUGCGCGUUGGCAAACGACUUUUCUCGAGCUCGAAAACGCAGUACGUUACGUAAGUGGCUCGGAGCCUACUCCAGCUCCGUGCAACAGUACCGGCGUUUACGCUGACGUAGAGCUGUGGCUCGAUCGAGAGCUUUUCGAGUCUCUCGCUGAGGGGAGAAACGCACCGCAGACACAACCGAGUGCAGCUGCACUGUCGGGGAACAGUACGCCUUCCCGGCAAACGCAACUGCGCUCCGUGCGACCGUAUCCACUCUUGGAUGCGUUCGUAUCCGCAGGUAUUAACCAUGAACCCGAUGGUACAUUGAUGCAUGGAUCCACGUCGCGUCGUGCUGGUGACCAGCACGUGCAGUCACGGAACGUCGCCGAGGGGCAGUUGCGACCUGCGAUGCCCGAGCCGUCGCACCCUGUUCACAAGCGUCGUCGCACCGCAGUGGUCUUCCAGAGUCGCCACGAGAUCUCUCAAUACCUAGAAGCUGCCCUAGAUGAACUAGAACGGGAAGCGGAGGAUGGCGUCACAGCGGAUGCCGAUGCCACGGGAGGCAACGCCUCCAGCGAUGUCGUAGCAGAUGCAUCCCAUCUGGAGUCACCUAGAAAAGUUGGACGGGGAGCAGUUGCCGGAACGCGCGAGCACAAAACCUUGUCAAGUACACGAACUCGACCCGAAUCCAUUGAGCAAGCGCUGCUUCGCAUUUACGCAGAAUUGAGACAACGAGUUCUCGCUCAAAAAUACGAAACAAUCGAGGCGUUUAUCGCCGAUUUUUCGCUGCUGCUCAGUGAUAUUGCACGCAGCAGCAAACCAGAGCAUACCACAUCACGAGUAGCGACACGUCGCAGAACAGACCUCAUCCGUCAAAGGGUGGACAGCUUGCUUCAACCAGCAGAAAUGAGCCGCAUCAUGGCGACCAGCUCCAGCGAUCGACCUGCUUCUUCGGAGGAGCCGGCCAUCCUGCCAGCACAACCCGAUAAGAUCAGCCAAGGACCUCUGCUUCCGUACUGGUACUGGUUACGUGAGCAACUCUCGCUUGACUUUGCAUCCCGAGAUGCACUCGGGCCGUGGAGUCUGGCGCUUGAUGCAGUGGCGGCGGAUCCAGAACAUGUCAUCCAUCCCGAGUGCACCGCGAGCGCACAGGUGCCGGACCUGCGCGGCGCUGUGCGUCCACCGCUGGCUUCUGUGGAAGGCUAUACCGGCUCACUGGCAGUGCAGACUGCAACGAAGGAUGUGAUCACUAUACCCAAAGUGUACGAACAGUGGUUGCAUCGAAUCUACCGCCUGCGGGAACAGAAAGAAGACCUGCAGCAACGCAUGAAUCGUUUCUACCAACUUGAAGCUAUGCUCCACGUAGCCGAACGCGACAAAGCUAUUGGUGAACAACCAAAUGCUCGAUGCGCAGAGUUUGUGCGUUCUACACUGGAAUCAUCACACGUAAGCGAAAAGAAUGCCGUGCGCUCGCAGCAGCUUGAGGCGUCCCAGGGAGCAGCGAACCCCGGAAACGCAUCCCAGGAGAAACCCGCUCUGCAAUUACAUGCGCUGCGAGCUGCUGACUCAGAGGCGCGCCCCCAAACCAAGGCCAUGAGCACUUCACCGAACGCCUCUGUAAGGCUGCCACGACUCGCUGCUGCAUGGUCCAUGCCGCUUUUCAUUGAGACAGAUCGUGAGCCCGACGAGCCGAUGCGCUCCACUGCUGGUCUCCUCGGCGUUCCCGCUGCAUCAGUGACCGAGUCAGUGCCGACUGAAGCGGCUCCGCGACUAGAUCAGCGUCCCCGCGGUUUGGUACAAGUCAGUCUGCCGCUUCCGCUGCAGGGCUUGCAGCGCGCAGUUGCGGCGGUCCUGGUGCUGAGCGGAUUCACAGGUGCACAUCGCUCCGCGCUCGAGUCGCUUACAGAUGUUGUUGCGGAAUUGAUUGAAGGUCUUGGUCGACAGUUUAGCUGGAUUCGCUACCAGAUGAAGCGUCCGCCAGCUGAUCAGCAGUCGUCGUCAGCGGCAUCGGCGGAAAGUGGCGCAAAAGCGGCCAGAGUACGCGAGCGAGUCGACAAGGUGUCACGCGCGUGGUGGCAAGCACCGCGGGACUACCUCCACCAAAGUCGUUGUGCGUUGCCGGGAGCAGCGGUUGCUGACCCACUCCACUAUUUCGUGUCGAUCAUUAGCCAGAGUGGUAUCCAAGACGGCUUCCACGGCCUCAUGCGAUACAGUCAGCUGGAAUUGCCCGCGCUGGAGCGAGGACUCGCCCAGGCCGAAGCGCUACUCAGCACAAAGAUUGCGGAAACUGAGCACGCGCUGGAGCAUCUUGCCCAGCGUAUACCAGCGUUCGAUGCCCCUGCGGGGCAUCUCGAAGUAGAGAAAAAGACAUUCCUGCCGCCUGCACUGCAGGACGGGAACGCGACGAUACGCUCUGAUGAGGAGCUCGAUCCCGAAUCGAAUCCCCUGUUUCGGUAUUUUGGAAUUAUCAACGAGUCUGUGACGCUUGAUGUGUUGCAACUUGAAUACCAGCGCACUGACGCGGUUGCAGUGCCGUAUCCCCUUGCGCAGCGCGUUGUGACGGAGCUCGAAAAGACCCCUGUGCAGCCGGUUUCCGCUGGACACCCAGCUCGGCGCAUCACCGUCGUAAGGGCAGCCAGUCGGCGACAGCUUCGUCCACAUGAAGCCGUCUCGUGA